UCAGAAGGAGACCGGGAGCCUGUCAUUGGAAAACGGCGCACCAUCCGUGUGUGAUCCCCUCAGCGAUGGAGGGCCGGACGGCGCGCUCGUGGAUUUUUGCCUGACAGGCACCAGAAGCUCCAGCGCCGAUUUUUUUCUGUCAUCUGGAUUAGCGUCGCAACAAGAAGAGAAGAAAGAAAGAAAAGAAAAAACAUGCCGUUCGCCAAACGGAUCGUGGAGCCGCAGCUACUGUGCAGGCACCCCAUCCCCAACGACGAGGGCUUGCUUUUCGAGGACCUGCGCUCCGUCAGUAACGUGGUGCUGUCGCGCACCCUGCGCCAGCUCUCCGACCUGGCCAGGCACGCGUGCUCCGUCUUCCACGAGCUGGAGGGCGAGAUCGCGUCCACCAACCAGCGGCUACGCGCGCUGCAGAGCAAAAUAGGGCAAAUCCAGCAGACGGCCAGCGCGCUCGACCCCAAACUGGAAGCCGUGCCGGUGUCUAAUCUGGACAUUGAAAGUAAGUUGACGUCACACUACCAGGCCCCAUGGCACCAGCAGCACAACGUGUUCCACUCCAGCACACGGCCGCCAUGUCUGGAAGAGCUGCAUCACCAUGCCCAGCUCAACCUGCGGGCACUGCACAGAGAUCAGCAGCAGCGUCAGCGUUCAACCAGCAGGGAGCGGAAUCGGGUCACCAUAUCCAUCUCUGUGGCACCACCCAUGCCCACAUUCCCCUCCCCUCACUCCCUCAGGAGGCGGGACCAGAGGAGCCGACACGCCCGUGUGCAGGACCGAGCUGAAUAUCAGACAAUGCAAAGAAAGGAGAGGAACACCAGAGAGUCAGACAUGCAGACUCUCCCUAAGAAAGUUGUCCAGCAGCAGGAGAGACCUGUGAGAGAGGUGGAAUUUCAGCCAGCACAGAGAAAGGCUGGGACCAAUACAAAUGCAGACGGGGACUUGGUGGCAUUGAGCCACAGGCCAAAGUGUCCGGUUCCUAAUGUGCCCACCACACUGGACAAACAGACCAACUGGUCGAAAGCUCUGCCACUCCCCACUCCAGAGGAAAGAAUGAAGAAUGAAUCUCAAGUCAUCUCCUCUUGCAUUAUCCCUAUCAACGUAACUGGUGUGGGAUUUGACCGGGAGGCAAGUGCCCGCUGCUCACUUGUUCACUCACAGUCAGUGUUGCAGCGGCGAAGGAAACUGAGGAGGCGGAAAACAAUCACAGGCAUUCCAAGACGAGUACAACAAGACAUGGACUCAGAUGAAUCUCCUGUGGCCAGAGAGAGGACUGUAGUGGUCCACGCCAAUCCACACAUGCCCCUGUGCCAGGAGGAGCUCUCACUCAGUGGUCGGACUCUAAACACCAAAGACUCUGGCUGCCAGACAGAUGACUUCUUGAUUGCUGCCCCAUCCCGGAGGCGCAUCCGUGCCCAGAGGGGCCAGGGAAUUCCAGCCUCCCUCUCCCAUUCCACUGGAAAUAUCACUUCCUUACCAGAUCGCUCCGAUACUAUGUACACUGCUGCAUCAGGCACCCGCCUGCGUUCCAGAAGUUUACCCCGAGAAGGAGGCCGACUUCGGGAUGAAGAUCACGAUGACAGUGACGAUGAUGAUGACGACGAUGAUGAUGAAGGUGAUGAAGAACUCUCUCCUUAUGAGGCUGAGGAUUUUCUGCCAGGUCCAGGGCAGAGGAUUCUAAAGGACGAGGAAGAGAGCACAGAUGACCAAGCCAUGCCAGAGCUAAAGAGGAUGCAGCACACUGGUAGUCCUGAAAAUUCCUGGAUUGAGAGGGGCAGGUCCAGGCUCCCACGCAAAGCUGACAUGGGAAGCUGUGAGAUCUCUUCCAGUUCAGAUACUUUCAGUAGCCCUAUUCACUCUGUCUCUAACACAGGUGUGCUUGGGAGCCAGAUUGACCACAAGGAGGAUCAUCAGUCUUCAAGUGGCAACUGGAGUGGAAGCAGCUCCACAUGCCCUUCUCAGACCUCAGAGACAAUACCACCAGCUGCCUCACCUCCCCUGACUGGCUCCUCGCACUGUGAUUCAGAACUAUCCCUCAACACGGGGUCUCAUAUCAUUGACGAUACUACUGGCUUCAUCAUUGACCCCUACCACAUGGACCAGCCACAAGGCCAGGGCCACAGGUCUAGUUCCUUCACCUCCUCAGCCACAGAUCAGAUGGAUGAUGCAGGCGUUAGUACUGCAAGCGAUGGGGAGUGGAACUGCAACCAGGACCAGCAGGAUCAGCCUUGCCCCCAGGACUUCAGCCCAAAGCACUCAAGGGAAGAUGAGAGUGGCGUAAGCUGCCCUAGUUACUCCAGUGGUGAAACUUAUGAGAGCUUCAGUGGCCAACCACCAACUGAGAAACUGGAGAGCUCUUCACAUUACACCGUUGAAACUGAGGGCUUCUACACCUCCAUGCACUUUGACUGUGGGCUUAAAGGUAGCAGAAGCUAUUACAACUAUGCAGCCAUUGACCCUGACUGUGGCCCAAGUGGUAACAUUGCACCUGGAAUGGGUGAAUACCCUCAACCAGACUACAGAGUAAUGAGUACACUUGGAAGACAGUGUCUCUCCUUAAGAAAACCAAAGGCCAAGCCUCCCCCACCAAAACGUAGCUCUUCUUUAAAGGAAGCAAACAGCAGUGUGGACGUUCCAGAGCAGAACGAACCAAAGAUUACUAGUGAGCUGCCCCUGCCUUUGUCUUCCAGGGAGAUGAGGCUGCAGCUGGACUUGGCCGGUUCUGCCGGGCAGCUUGAUACUGCAGGUCUCUGUGAUGAGCCCCUUGGUGCCUGGGGUGUAGAGAAUGUCCGAGAAAUGCUGGACUGCUCUUCUCCAUUCAGUUCCUCUGACACACAUUCCUUCAAGGAUGAGGGUGCCAUACAGUCCGACUAUGCAGACCUUUGGCUCCUCAGUGACUUGAAAUCCAACGAUCCUUAUAGAUCACUGUCCAACUCCAGCACUGCUACGGGUACAACUGUAAUUGAAUGCGUCAAGUCACCAGAGAGUGCAGAAACUCCAGCUUGUCGCCCCAGAUCCAGACCCACUUCUCCAACACUUCCACCACCAGAGGGUGACUUUAAGCUUGGUUCUCCUGAAAAGCUUGCAGGGUUGGCAUCCCCUUCCAGUGGAUAUUCCAGUCAGUCAGAGACGCCUACAUCUUCCUUUCCUACUGCAUUCUUUCCAGGUCCACUGUCCCCAAACACUGGCAAGAGGAAACCCAAAGUACCAGAGAGAAAGUCUUCACUUGCUUCUCUUCAGCAGCAGCCCCUUGCCCUUAGAGACCCAGGGUCUUCCUCCAGGAGGGAUACUGACUCCCAGGCCAUACCUCCUAGUCACCUUGACCUAAGUGCUCUUCACUGCAAGCCCUUUGCCCACAGGAACCAGAUGCACAUCCUUCAUCAGAACAAGCAGAAAGCGGCCGCAGCAGCUGCUGCAGCAGCAGAGGCUCGUGCUGCUGCCGCAGCUGCUGCUGCAGCAAGUACAGAAGCAUCUAGCUCAACCCACCUGGCCAUCACUCCAACUGUUCUGAGGUCAGUCCAACUGCGAUCCAUUGGUAAACCAGCUGAGGGGAACCUGGGGCAGGAGCAGUCUACUGAUCCAUCAACUCGGCCUAAGUGUCCCACAGUAACUAUAGAGACUUCAGUUUCUGACAAUAGGCAUAAUAGGAAACCACCAGCCUACAAACCACCUGCUGUACAGCACUGUGAGUCCCAGCUUUCUCUUAACGAGGUCAUCGUUACACCACAUGAGGGGGUGAAAGUCAGACAGGAAAGGUUUGGCCCAGGAACUUAUUGGGCAAUGACAGCUUUCAGAACAUCUGUGGAACCAACCAGUGAACACGAUGAGCUGUCAGCUCAAAUAUCCCAGAGCCUUGAGAUCCACAGUGCUCAGCAGGAACCAGAGUGCAGCCGGUAUCCGGAUGAGGAAGCAGAAUUAGCAGUGGAAAGUGCCAAAUCUGAACGCAGUGAAGCACCCCAGCCAGUUCCUCCAGCAGAACCCUCCUUGUGUUUAAACAGCACAAUGUCCCCUCCUGCUUACAGUGAAAUACACAGGAGUGACUUUGUACUGUGCAACAGCCCUGACAAAGUGCCUGCUAGAAAUUCAGAAGCAUCAUCGCACACUUACACAAUCAGCGAUGCCAGAAGCAAAGAGGAGUAUGAGACAUCAGGUGUCACUACCAGAAGUGCCUCACAAGAUGGACGCGAGGAUGGAUCAACUCCAGAUACAGAGGACUACUUCAGCAAAGACUCAACUCCCAGUGACAAUUCAAUUUCUCCUCUGACUGAUGAUUCAAAGCCUGAUGAUGAUAGCAUAUUCCCUUCUCCUAACAAACUACGCACAACUGAGGACCUGUUUGCCAUGAUCCAUAGAUCAAAGAGAAAGGUUCUUGGACGGAAAGACUCAGGGGAGCUCAGUGGAAAAAGUCGUCUUGGUGUUGCUCCUGUGACUGCCCCUGUAAGUAAUCCUGUCACAUGCCCCACCACUCCAGCUGCUGCUCCAACUCCCCCUGCUGGUUCCCAACGAGCCCCAGGACCUAUUUAUAGGAGUGCCAAAAAAUCCAGCACCUCAAACGAGGAGUUCAAGCUACUGCUGCUGAAGAAGGGCAGUCGCACCGACUCCAGCUAUCGCAUGUCUGCCACUGAAAUCCUCAAAAGUCCCAUCACGCCCAAGUCCCCAGGGGAACUGUUACUGGAGGCUUCCAGGCAGCCAGAGGAACCCCCUUCACCGCUGCAGGAGUCUCCUUCCAGUGCAGAGCACCUUCCCAGCCCUUUCCCCAAGGCUAACACUGAGGGGUUCUCCACAAAAACCCUCACCAUGUCUGCUGCCUCCAGACAAGGUCGUUCCAGGAUCCCACCUGCAGCCAACAGCAGCAGGUACAGCACUCGCAGCCGGCUGUACACUGCCCCGAUGCAGGCCAUCUCUGAAGGAGAGACUGAAAACUCGGAUGGAAGCCCACAUGAUGACCGCUCCUCCUAGUGGUGUGUUUUUGUUUUUCUUACCACAACACAGAACAAAACAACAAAUCCCUCAUAAUUUGAAAAACAAAUAAUAAUAAAAUGAUGAAAAAAACAUAUCUUGACUGAAAUAUGUGAUAUACAGACAUUUAUAUCAUUUUAUCCCAACAAAUCUUAAGAUCUUCAGAAGAAAAAGAUCCCUUGCUCACCUUGAACUUUUUGUAUUCCAUUAAUUGAGUAAACCUAUGUUGUGGCCAGUGAUGAACUUGAAUUUUUAUCACGAGCUAAGGGAACUUCUAGUGGUCAUUUUAUUGUAUGGAUGCUUGACAUUUUGACAUCAUUCCUGGAGAAACUAACCAAUAGGCAGUCCUUCUUUGUUCAUUCACAAAAUGUGAAGGGUAUACAUUUCAGCAACAUGUUUACCAAUGUAGAAAACACUCUAUUUUCAGAUUUUCAUUACAAAUUGAUUGAAUGAGUUUUAGUGUAUUAUCUUGGGUGAACGGUGAAAGGGAAAUAUCUUGUAUAGUAUUAGACACGAAACCUGCCAAAGUCCCAAUCAGGAACUGUUUAAAGGCCACAACCAUUUGAAAAAAGCAGCUAGUGUUUACAAAGAGAGAUUACAGCAAAGAUAUACAUUACAAGUAGAUGUGGUUUGUAGCGACUUAUGGUGUUACCAGUUGUAAUGAUUCCUAAUUGGGAUUUUGGUUAGGCUUACAUAGGACAAUCGCACUGUGGCCUUUCCUAACAGGAGGUCUGUGAAUGCAGAACAAUUCUCCAGUCUCAUAGGCAGUUUUUUAAUGGCUGAGAUCUCUAAAUGCAUAAAUGGUUUGCAAAACCUGCAAAUAUUUUGCACUUGUUUUGAAGAUGGUAAAACCAAUUCCUUUAAAAGAUCUGUAUGAAAUGAAGUGCUGUAAUGUAUAUUUAUGAUCGAAUUGAGGCCACAUGUAAUCCAUUUCAAAAUAAGAGUAGUUCUCAGAUAGUAUUACCCAUGAUAUGUAACAAUAGAUUUCAUAUUUUUCCAUUACAGGUUGCCAUUUAGUCCAUUGUUCCAACAGGGAAAAAAAAAUCAUUUUACAUUUUAUAUUUUAAAUGCACUUAAAUGGGGGUACUUAUAGUAUGUUCGUUGUUUUCAGGUAUAUCACAUGUAACAACUUUAACAUGCAGAGGCCAAUGUGUGAGAAAUGAUGAGUUCAGAGGAAAUAUUCAGUGAAAUUCUUCACCUGUAUUCUAUGAAUACCCUUACAAUUGUGCAAACUGUUCAGUUUGAGUGGGAGAGGUUCACUUUUGCAGUGAAUGUUUUUUUCUAUUCAAGAACAGAAGUCCUCUUUGAGGUCAGAACUCAAAGAAAUUAGCAAGAUCCGUCAAGCUUACACUGUGCCGAAGAGAGGGAGGGGGAUAAGCUGUGAACUGAAUCCGUAUUUUCAUUUCAGAUCAUCCUUUUUCUGCUGCGCACUGACGUUUUUUUUUGUUUCUCUUUUUUCGUCUUCUGUACAGCAUGCAAUAAGACACUAGAAUUCAUAGGGAGAGAAAAAAAACAUCUUCAGAUCACUUGAAUUUGUUGAGUAUGUGCUAUGUUCAAUAGAUGUACAAAAUGUUAAGGUUUUUGGUGCGAGUUGCAUUUUUUUUUUUGUAUUGAUGUAUGCAUAGACUGAGCUUUAUCCCUUAUGUGGAAGAACUGGACAAUCUCUUAAAGCACUGUUGCUAUGAAAGAAAUCUAGAAAUAUGGUAUGGUUUGUGGACAGGGUUAGACUAAUGUCUUUGCUCUGGUGGAAUAGAAAGAAAGGUGUGAAUAUAAUCUCGUGCAAGAGAAGGACAGUUUUGCAUCUAUGUAGCUGCGUCUCUUGUUGCUGACUUGCAGAUGCCGGGAAAGCGUAUUGCUCAUUAUUUGUAUAUAUGUGGUUGUGCGACUAACAAAUAUAUGAUAAUAAUUCAGCCUUUAUUUCUGGACUGUUGUUGAAUUGCCAUGUACUGUAUGUCCUGACAGUACUUUUUUCUAUAUAGACAUAUAUCAUUACUCCACAGAAGAGUUCACUAAAUUACAAGCAGAUACAAGAUUUCUUUCAUCGUUUACACAGGAUUAUGAACAGGCCGUACAUUACACUUUCCAUCGUCUUAGUUUUUUCUCUUUUCCUUUUAAACACUGAAGAAAUAUGGACUUUUAUUUCCGUGUGCUCAACUGCUUUUGGGUCAUACCUAUAGAACUAUGAAAUCUAUGAAAUCCUCUAUUAGAUUGCAACAUUUAAUAGGAAGAAAAAAGAAAAUAUUUUUAAUUACGGGAUAUUUUAUCCAGAGAAUUAUUUUGUUAAUAAAUGUAGAAAAGAAUGACGAUAAAGCUUUAUUUAACUAAAAAAUACUAAUGAUUGAACAUAUUUCAUAUCAGGGGUGUAUUAGCCAAUGGAAAACAAGGAUGUUACAUAGAUACUGUACUUAUGAAUCUUUCUAAUUAGCUGUAAACUUUGCAUUAUUUACAUAUAUGCUGUAUGAUAUACAAUUCUAGUCAACUCUCUUUGGUGCUCUGACGUAAUCCUAUAGGCCAUAUUCUCUCACUGUUGCCAUUGGUAUCACUUGCCAUUUGCCAUCUCAUUACGGUUGCUUUGUUUUGCUCCCACUUUGAGCCUGACUUCAACACUAGUGACAUCCUGAAACUUCAGAUAUUGUAGCAAUGCACCUGUAUUUGUCCACUGUCUGUCCACAGUAGCUCUGGUUUAGGAUCUUAUAGUCCUAAACUGCCAAUCUGGAUGCUGUUUAGGCCUUACGUGGACAUUUCCUUUGCGAAAGGGAAGUUAAAUGCAAGGCCCCAUUUGCUUAUCAUUGAUCAUUUUACAUUGAACUGUCGACUCCUCAGCCUAGGACUGUUGUACUGUUCCAACAUGAUCCAUUCACCACGUACUCGACUAAAGAGUUCCUGUUGUUUUCUUUCCCUCUGAAGUGUUGACUGUUUUUGUGCGUUUUCCUUUGCUAAAACAACCACAUGUAUCACUUAUCACGCUGCACGAAUGGGGAAGCACAUUAUGCUUUUGCCAAAGGGUUUCUGACAUGUACAGGUGUGAAAGUACAAUAAAAGAAGCAAGCGAAGCGAGAAGUCGGACGAAUAAGUGCGGGUUAUAGUGCAAAAGUCUCUGUACUCAAAGCGUGUCACUCAGCCUACAAGCUUCACUCCAAGAGUUGCAUCUGGUUUGUAUUUUUGUAUAAAUGUGUACAUACGAUCUUUUUAUCGAACCAAACGGAAGAAAACAAAAACAAAAACAAACUGUUGCAAAGUCGUUUCUUUUUGUAAAAUGUUUUCAAAGUUUACAUUAAUUCCAAGCCUUUGUAUAUUUUUGAGCUGUGCAACACUCUCGGUCCUUGUAUUUAUUUUUUAGUAAACAUUGUGACAAUUCCAUUGUAAAUUUGAACCAUUUCUUGCCAGCUCAACUGGCUUGCUUAGUAACUGUGCAUAGAGAAGGCCAAUAAAUGUGACUGCGUUGAAAAAUAA